AUCAAUAAAUAAAAGGGACUUGAGUAAAAUAAAAGGGACAUUAUAGAGUUCCCGAAGUUAGGGCUCAUCUUCUGUUCAUCAAGACAUCAACGUACGCACAAGGCGAUGAGUGAAUUUGAAGGCUGGAUCAAAUGGCUCGAACCAGUGUUUUUGCUGUGGAAACCUGAGGAUCCUGGCUAUGAGAGACCAGCGUAUAGGGAUUGGACCAAAGAGGAAGAUGAGCCUAAGUACUCACCAGAGAAAGAACUUGCCUUACUCGACAAACAAAUCCUUGCAAGCGAUGGUUUUGAUAUCGACUUCACACACUUCCGUUGUGUAUUCAAUUACCAUCUUGCUUAUCUCGAUUCACAUGAAUUCGUUGAUGAGCCAGAAACCACAAGAGAUUUACUCGAGAGGCUCUCUAGGAAGGCCCUUGAUGACUACAAUCAAGAAUCAAGAACACAAUUUGAGUUUGUCAAGGUUGUGAAAGCAAACUUUCACUUUUGUUGUGCGAUUAUGUUUCUCAUAACCUUCGAAGUUGUUGACCCUUAUGAUAACUUGAUCAAACUCUUCCAAACAAGGGUUCGCCACGCUGAAGAUAUCGUGACUGAGUACGUCUUUUGCAGGCCGAAACCCAAUCAAGGAGUGGAAUGCAUUGGUGUGAAGAACAAUGAUGGGAAAGAUGUCCAAACAAAUGUCAAGGAACAAGAGAUUGGAGUAGGAGCUUCUAUAUGCCACAAGGAGUGAGAACCGGGAGAUGCUCUUGUGUUAAUAUACAUUUUCUUUGUGAUAUUAUAAACCCCUAUAUAUAACACUCACUAUAUAUACCAUUACAAUAGCAAAAAAUCCCAUGUCACCUUAGUUUAUUGUUUUUAAGAGUUAAAUUGAAUUGAAGUCUAAAGUUUGGUUGCACUAGACUACAA